AACUGAAGGGUCUAUCAGUCAUAAAUAUUUCAAGAACAAGUGUUUCAUGUAUCAUUCAUGAAGCAUGAAGGUGCCAAUUGGCUCAAUUGUUAUAUAUGCAGCAGAUAUCAGAAGAUUUCAACGGGGAAUAUAAAACCACUACAGCAGGAGCUAGCUCUGAGAGGAGCAUCGAUUGAUCUCACAGCGGAGAAGUGGGUGGGUGGAGUGGUGGUCAAUAAGACAAGAAGCGGGAGAAUCACUAAUGGCGUCCAACAAGAAAGUUAUUGUGGUUGGCGUGGAUGACAGUCAGGAGAGCUUUUACUCUUUGGAGUGGACCCUCGACCAUCUGCUCACUCCUCUCUCUACCACCAACAAUAAUCUCUUCAAGCUUAUUAUCAUCCAUGCAAAGAUCUCAGCUCUCUCUGUCAUCCACUUCUCUGGACCUGGGGACAUUCUUCCUCAGGUGGAAGCUGAUCUCAAGAAAACUGCAUCACGGAUUGUAGACAAGGCCCACAAGCUUUGCAAGAACAGAUCAAUUUCCGAUUUCCAAGUGGAAGUAUGCGAAGGGGAUCCAAGAAAUGUGCUGUGUGAGGCUGUGGAGAAUCACAGGGCAGAUAUUUUAGUGGUGGGCAGCCAUGGCUAUGGUGCCAUCAAAAGGGCUAUUCUGGGGAGUGUGAGUGACUAUUGUACUCACCAUGUUCACUGUACUGUGUUGAUUGUGAAAAAACCAAAGAUAAAUCGUUGAGAAAUUGGAUUAGUCCGACUCUAUAAUAUCAUUUUUGGCUUCUUUUAUAGAUGUUACCAGAACCAUGAAUAA